UCAUUUUUCAAAUUCCAUCAGAUUUCCCAUAUUCAUCUGACUCGUCCUGCCGUGUUUACCCGCGGUCUGACGACCAAACUUCAUUCGCUUAUGCCACAAUCACCUUCCAUCUUUUAAACAUCAGACAUUUAUCAAUUUUCUGAUCAUCAUGUCUACACAGCUCUUUCUCAAUUCCUCUCCGUCUCCGAACAAGUACAAGAAGCUGAUGAGCGGCCGUUCUUUCAGCAACGCCACGCGACCACGGCUUAAUCGUUCUGCUUUCAACCGGAGUCAUUCUUCGCUUAAUCCCUCGUCUAUCGACGGAAGGCAAAUGUUGCUUGCAGAGCAAGAAUUGCUGUCCUCAUCGCAUGCACACAGCCCACGUGGCAAUCGUCGAUUCAACGAGGUUGCAGGGGGGACCACAGCGGAGAUUGCAGCCAUCGCGUGCUGCGCCCCGUUCAGCAUUGCUGAUUUACUCGUGCUGGCAGUGUACAAGGUUCCGACAGGUCUGUGUAGGAAGGCGUUGAGGGAAAAGAGGCGGCGGAGGCUAAUGAGGAAGGGGAGCUUGCUCGUGCCCCUGCGCGGACACGAUCAUACGUGUGACUGCGGUCACUGUUAUGACAUGGACGCGGAGUUUCAGACAGGAGAUCCGGUGAUCAUGGCAGAGGCUAUGGAGAAUGAUGGCGACAUGAAGCAGCUGGAGAAGGAGAUGUGGGAGCAGUUUUAUGGAACUGGCUUCUGGAGGAGUCAUUCCAGGGCUGUCAGUGUCGGCAUUUGAUUUUGCCUUGAGAGUCAGACCGCCUGCUAUGAAUGUUUCAUGUAUACGUGCAGUGACGGAAUCAGAAAUUCCAUCGCGGCUAAGAUAUUUUCAAACGGAAUCUCUGAUAAAAGAUUUUUGAAUAUUUC